AUGGCCCCUACCAAGAAGAGCAAGAAGACCGCCGACUCCAUCAACAGCCGUCUGGCGCUGGUGAUGAAGUCUGGUCGUGUCACUCUCGGCUACAAGAGCACCCUGAAGACCCUCCGUUCCGGCAAGGCGAAGCUCGUCAUCAUCGCUGGCAACACUCCCCCGCUCCGCAAGAGCGAGCUUGAGUACGUUGCUAUGCUGGCCAAGACCAAUGUCCACCACUUCUCCGGCAACAACAUCGAGCUGGGCACGGCCUGCGGAAAGCUCUUCCGUUGCUCCACCAUGGCUAUCCUGGAUGCCGGUGACUCGGACAUCCUCUCCACCAACACCGCUUAA